AUGACUGACAGGGAGUCAUCUAGUGAUACCAGUGGUUCAGAUGCCGAAUCUUACGAGUCAUCUUCUAGCGAAGAAGUUGUUUUGAAACCGAUAUUUGUAUCUAGAAAGCAGAGAAAAUCACAUGAAAAACAAAAUGGCAAGCCGAAGGCCAGCACAAAUAGGAGCUCACAAACAGAAGUUCCAAUUAAUAAAGACACGGAAGAUGUGGAUAGGAAAAAAGAAAUAACAUUGAACAAGGCAAGCCACGAGGUGAAAAUAGAGAAAGCUGAUGGCGAUGAGUUCGAUGGCAUAGAUGAUACCGAUGAUAUAUACCCCGAAAGGGAGUAUCAAGAGUGGAGAAUACGAGAAAAGGACAGAUACGCACGAGACAGGGAAGUCAUGGUGCAAGAGGAAGAGAUGAAGGACGAGAUAGUGAGACGUGGUAACUUGACGGAACAAGAAUUGAUAGAGGAUUUCAAGAAAAGACAGCACGAGGAAGACUUACUGACUUCGACAAAGCCGAAGAACUAUCACAAAGGAGCUUUUUUUAAUGAUAAUGAGGAUAUCAACAGGUUAUUGAAAAGAACGUAUGAACAUGUUGGUGAUGAUGAUAACGACGAUGAUAAUGCUAAGGAUCAUUCUAGACCCACAAAAUUGAAAUUUAACUAG